AUGAGCCUUGUGACUCGCUUCAAGAAGCAGCGAGGCGGGGUGGAGUCCGUGCUCUUCUGGGCCUCGUCGCUGGCGAAGUCGCAGCGGACGCAGGCGGUGCCGCCAUCUGCGAGCGGCGAAGUCGUGCCUUCUCCUCCUCUUCUUCCUUUUCCUGCUGCUGCUGUCGCUGGCUGCGAUGACGCAACCCCCGUUGAUCCGCAGCAGAAGCACCACGUGGAGGAAGAGGAGGAAAGAAGCCGUGGGGAUGCGGAGAUGCAGCCCGUCACGGGGAAUGGAGGAGAAACAACGGCGGAGCAGAAAGAGGACGAUGGGGCGAAUGUGCCAGGAUGCCAACAGGAACAGCAGCAGCGUACGGUGCCCACAGAAACCAUUUGGGUGCACGAUUCACCGGCAACAUCAUCGAGGUCAAGGGCCGAUGCCGCGGUGGCGGCGACGUCGAAUGUCUCUAAGCACAGAGGGGAUUAUUGCCGCUUCAAAGAUGUCCUGAUGGUCUGCGAGCCCCUUCUGCAGGGGUUGUUGGGGCCCGUGGGCAUAGAUGUGGAGAUGAAUGGCACAACCGCGAUGCUGCGUGACCCUAACGGUUUUGCAACUGCGCUUGAUUCUUUGGAAAAGGCCAGCUGCGACAGUUUGCGUCAUUUCCAUGAUUCCAUUCAAUUAUUCUUUAUUAUUCGUGGGGAUUCCUUCUACACUCUGGACUCCUCCGUCUGCUCGCCGUUGGUGUUUUUGGCGAAACUCCUGUCCGUCCCUGCGGUGACAAAAAUUGUGCAUCAGGCGCAGCCCAUUUAUCGAUUGCUCUUCAUGUUCUUGGGCACGGACCGCGUGGAGGUGCGUAACCUUGUCGACAUCUCGGUUUGGUCAGCCGUGGUGGAACGCGUCUGCGGGCCACGUCCCUACACGAAGGGUUUUGCCGAUUCGCAGAGUCUCUGGCAAUCUCUCCCUGAAACUUCACGGGAAAGUAUUGAGGUACAAUUGGAGAAGGCGAAGCAAGAGAGGUGGUGUGAAGGCACACUGAAGGCUGAAGAAGGUGAGGCAACAAUGGUUUUAUCAUCAUCAUCACCAUCAUCAUCCGGAGAGAUGCCGUUGCCGCAGUUACUGGGAAGAUUCAAGUCUUUGGCUACCCUCUAUGCCUACUACGAAGCCUACCUGCAGUCUGUAGAGAGCAGCGGUGCGACGGGCAAUGUUUUCAUGUCGCUUUUCACUGUUUGUAGCCUCGAGACACGUGUCAGCUUUCUUUGUGAGGUCAUGUCCUAUCAUGGAAUGUUUGUGGAGAAAAAUAUGCUUGAUUCUAUGGUAGCGGAUCUCGAACAGCAAAUUAAGGCCCUUAUCGAAAAGGGAAAUGUGGCCCUGCGGGCAAUGGCAACAGCCAGUAAUGAAAGCAUAGACAUGGAGACAGUGGAUGCAUGGAACCUUAUAAAAACCCUGCAGUCUCAGUUUGGUGGCCCUUGGACCUUUGCGAAAGGAAAUGUGGAAGAACAGAUGCAGCAAAUUGGCGCAUACCUGGAUGAGAAGCAGAGUUGUGCGGAUUCAAAUGUGGCACGCAUAUGGCUGGCGCUGCAUGAACGCCGUGAAUUUAAGCGUUCUCUCAUGGAAGGUUUUACCAAAGGCGCGAGCAUGCAAGCCCGUCUUAUCGCCGUUCCAGAGGAAAUGGCAUCGACGGAAGGUGGAGGUCACAGCAAUCCCCACCACGUUGGGGCACAGUACCGACUUUUCUUCUCUGUACAUGCAAAGUGGAGUGUUCAUCACGCCACCACGUCUCGGCUCUUUUGCUCUCGACCAUGUUUGCAAACCGUGGCAAAGAACCCUCCAAUCUCACGCACUGCGCCGUCUUCAUCACCGCCUGUGACAAUUUUCACCAACCCUGAAUGGACACUCCGGCACUUAUACGGUCCACCGCCUGGAUGUACCCUUGUGUCAUUUGAUUUUAAUCAAAUCGAGCUGCGUGUCAUGGCACACUUGAGUGGUGAUCCACUUCUUGUGCAGCAACUUCGAGGCGGCUCGGAUGUAUUGGCGGAAAUGGCUCUCCGCGUGAUGCAGCUGCCGCGGCUGGCGGACGUUACGCCGUACUUGCGACAAGGGACAAAGGUGGUGGUGUAUGGUUUGUUGUAUGGCAUGGGGCCGGAGUCGCUGGAUCUGCGGCUGCGUCAACUGCAUAAAGAGACAACGCCAUCCGCGGAGCAGCCGCCACUCUCCGCGCGGCAGUUUUUGCGGUCUUUCAAUCAAUGUUAUCCCGCCGUGCAGGGCUUUUUGAGGAGUACGCGACUUCGGGCAUUUCAUGAAAAGCGCUGCACCACGUUGAAUGGCCUGCGGGAUUUAUCGGGGGAGCCGGACGGCAAUCGACGCAAACAGAUGGCGGUGGCGUUGGCCAUUCAAGGCGGGGCGGCCGUCAUUCUGCACCACGCCAUGGUGGAGGUGCACGAGAAACGGCAUGAGUUGCUUCCCUUCCUUCCCGCGGCUGCCGUCGCACUUGUGUUGAGCGUGCACGACGAGCUUGUGUACGCCGUCCCCGACAGCGCCGUGAGCAUCGUGGCACCAAAGAUCAAGCAAAUUCUCGAGCAACAGGCAGCGGCACUUUCGUUGAGUGUCCCUCUUCCCGUCUCGAUGAAGGCUGGGAAGUCGUUUGGUUCAUUGCAGUCCUUGCCUGUUUAG